UACAUUGCCGUGCACAUCAUACCUGAUCAGAUGAUGUCCUUCGGGGGUUCCACCGAUCCCUGUGCACUCUGCAGCCUUUACAGCAUCGGCAAAAUUGGAGGGCAGCAGAACAAGAGUUACACCAAGCUCCUGUGUGAUCUCAUCUCCAAGCACUUGCAUGUAUCUGCAGACAGGGUGUACAUCAACUACUUUGACAUGAAUGCUGCCAACGUGGGCUGGAACGGCUCCACCUUUGCGUAG